GAAGACGAGGAAAAAAGAAAGAAAACAGAAGACAAUGAAUCUUGCUGAUGUUUGUGGAUGAUUCAGUUUCAGAUUAUUUAAUGAAAUAUCUGUUAAUUGUCCUUACCCAAGAUAAUAAUAAAAUAAAAGAGCACCUUUACCUGCCGUACUGUAUUUCCUCCAAUUAUAGUUUGGAUUUUCUCGUCCCAAAUUCAUGAAGAUUAAGAAUAUGGAUUUCAUCUCAAAUUGAUUAUAUACCAUUACCAACUUUUCUUGCUUUUAAUUUUUUUAUUGUCUCAAAAAGGGUUAGAUAGAGAAGACAAAUUUCGGUGUUUUGGUUGAUGGGUGUGAUUGUUGAUAUGCAAAACAAUGGUGGUAGUGUUGCUGCAAAGGGUUAUUGGGGGUUGAGGAGUUUUAUUAGGAGAAAGCACGUUGAUUCUGUUCUUCUCAAGAGAGAGGGUAGCCAACAGUUGGCUAAGAGACUCUCUGUUAUUGACCUCAUUGCCAUUGGAGUAGGAGCAACAAUUGGAGCUGGAGUAUAUAUUCUUGUUGGAACUGUUGCUAGAGAGCAAACAGGACCAGCUCUUACUAUUUCAUUCCUCAUUGCUGGAAUAGCGGCGGCUCUCUCAGCAUUUUGUUAUGCAGAACUUGCAUGUCGGUGCCCAUCUGCUGGGAGUGCCUAUCAUUACACAUACAUCUGCAUAGGAGAAGGUGCUGCUUGGUUGGUUGGGUGGGCAUUGAUUCUGGAAUAUACUAUUGGUGGCUCUGCUAUUGCUCGUGGCCUAACUCCAAAUCUGGCCCUCUUUUUUGGAGGUCAGGAUAAGCUGCCUCUGUAUUUGGCUCGCCAGACAAUCCCUGGGGUUGGUAUUGUUGUAGAUCCAUCUGCUGCAGUCUUGGUUCUCAUUGUCACUGUACUUCUGUGCUUGGGAAUCAAGGAGAGUUCAUUUGCCCAAGCCAUUGUUACAACAGUGAAUAUUUGCGGGAUGCUUUUCAUCAUAAUAGUGGGCGGAUAUUUGGCUUUCAAGACUAACUGGGUUGGAUAUGAACUUCCUAGUGGGUAUUUUCCUCUUGGUUUAAAUGGGAUGCUUGCAGGAUCUGCAGUAGUGUUCUUUUCAUUCAUUGGUUUUGAUGUUGUUGCUAGCACAGCAGAAGAGGUGAAAAAUCCCCAGCGAGAUUUGCCCCUAGGAAUAGGAAUUUCUCUAUCUCUAUGUUGCAUUUUGUACAUGCUUGUGUCUGUCAUUAUUGUUGGCUUGGUGCCAUACUUUGCACUGGAUCCAGACACUCCUAUCUCUACAGCAUUUGCUUCUCACGGGAUGCAGUGGGCAGUGUAUGUGAUUACAACUGGGGCAGUAACAGCUCUCUGUGCAAGCUUAAUGGGUUCACUUCUUCCACAGCCCCGGAUGUUUAUGGCAAUGGCUAGAGAUGGAUUGUUGCCAUCAUUUUUCUCAGACAUUAAUGAACACACCCAAGUACCAGUGAAGAGCACAAUAGUAAUUGGUAUCCUAGCUGCAGCCCUGGCUUUUUUUAUGGAUGUUUCACAGUUAGCAGGGAUGGUUAGUGUGGGUACCCUUCUUGCAUUCACUGCUGUUGCAGUUUCAGUCCUGAUACUUAGAUACGUUCCACCAGAUGAGGUGCCACUCCCAUCUUCUCUUCAUGAAUCAAUUGAUUCAGUGUUACUGCAAUCCAGUGGUGAUAUUCAGGAAGCUGCCAGUCAAAACUUGAUGGAUUCCAUAAAUUACUGGGAAAGCAGGCAAUGUUUGCUUGACAAAGGAGAGACAUCAAUGGCACAUCCUUUUCUUCAGAAACACAUGGCUCAAGAUGAAGAAAAUCAACAGAAGAGAAGGAAAAUUGCAGCUUGGAGUAUAACAAUUGUAUGCAUAGGGGUUAUUGUACUUACAUCUGCAGCUUCAUUUGAAAUUCUUCCGAGCCUUCUGCGCUUCGCAUUGUGUACGGUGGGUGGAGCGCUUCUGUUGUGCAGUUUGGUUGUCCUAGCUUGCAUAUCUCAGGAUAAUGCAAGGCACAGCUUUGGACACACAGGAGGUUUUGUUUGCCCUUUUGUUCCGUUCCUACCUGUUGCUUGCAUCCUUGUCAACACCUACUUAUUAGUUAAUCUGGGGGGUGGCACGUGGAUUCGUGUUUUAAUAUGGCUAUUAGCAGGAGAAUUAGUUUACUUAUUUUAUGGUCAGACCCACAGCUCACUGCUAAAUUCUGUGUAUGUUUCCACUGCCUGUGCUGAUGAGAUCUACCGCACCUCAUCAAGCCAUCUGGUGUAAAUAUUAUUGAAGGACGCAUUAUAAACAAUUCACUCUCAAAUCUUCAAGAUGCACACCGCCGAAUGCAACUCGGGUGCCAUCUGUUGCAAUUCAAAAUAUUUUCGACUGGAAAACUUAAAUCAAAAUCUCAAGCAUGUAAAUGCAGCAUUCGCAAGCAAGGCAGAAUGAGGCCUUUCUUGUAGAAACUUGUAAAUAGUUAAAUAGACAUGUUACUUCUCCAAACUAUGAGAACAGGGAAUUACGCCACUUUACUUCCCCUGUACAUGACUCAAAAAGAUGCCCAGUGAGUAGCGGCACUUACAUA